AUGCAAGCAUGCCUUUCUUGCGAAGUUCUUCCCACGUCAAGAACUGCUCAGCUAAGGAACAACAUUGCGAGUUUCACUCAACUCACCGGUGAAACAUUCUCAGAGGCAUAUGAGCGAUUCAAGGGAUAUCAAAUGAAGUGUCCUCAUCACGGCUUCUCCAAAGAGAACUUACUAAGCACAUUGUACAGAGGAGUCUCCCCUAAGUACAAGAUGCAUUUGGAUUCAGCUAGUAAGGGUCAUUUUAUGGGAAUGGAUGUAGAUGAUGGGCUCGCUUUGGUGGAGAAUGUUGCUCUUAGUGAUGGAAACUAUCCAGAGGAGUAUGAUCGAAGUGAUAGAGGAGAUAGCUCAGUCAAUGAUGAGAAACACAAGAAGGAGAUCAAGACAUUGAAUGACAAGCUUGACAAGAUCUUGACUGGCCAGCAAAAGCAAGUUCACUUUGUUUGUGAGGAUGAUGUGAACCAAGAGGGGAGGACCAACAAACUGAGGAACCGAGAUCAACAACAAGGUGAUUGCUCUUACAAUGACCUCAACAAGAAGUUGGAAUCUUUAAACUCAAAGUUCAACACUUGGAAGCUAAGAGCCACAACAUCCUUCUCUUCAAAGGGAAUGCUUCCUGGAAAAGCAAUCGCAAACCCAAAGGAGUAUGUGCAAGCAAUUACUCUUAAGAGUGGGAGAGUUCUUCCGGAGAGAGUGGUACCAUCAAGAAGCAACGAGGACGUUGCGAUUCAAGAGGAGGAGGAGUCAGUCGACAUUGAAGCUGAGGAGAGAGUUGAGAAAGAAUCAGUGAACCAGACCUGA